AUGGACAAGUAUAGAGGACUGCUCGACACACUUGAAGGGACUGAACUAACAAAAGCUUUUGUAGAUGCUCAUGCAAAGAUUCCGUCUUACAAUAAAAUCAUGAAAGUGGUCCUCUUGGAGAGGGUUCAAGAGAAGAUGGAAAUAACUAAAGAUGCUCAGGAGAAAGCUGAGGAAGAUGAGAGAGCAAGAUCACUUAACCAUGAGUGUUGUGCCAUUAUCCAUAAAGAGGUUAUCCCAAAGAAGCUAGAAGAUCCUGGUUCAUUUACUUUGCCUUGCAUAAUAGGUCCACUAUCUUUUAGUAGGUCUCUCUGUGACCUAGGAGCGUCAGUUAGUCUCAUGCCUCUCUCUGUGGCUAGAAGGUUUGGUUUUACACAAUACAAAUCGUGUAACCUGUCCCUCAUCUUGGCAGACAGAACGAUUAGAGUUCCAUAUGGCUUGUUGGAAGAUCUCCCAAUAAAUAUUGGUGAAGUAGAAGUACCAACUGAUUUCAUUGUUUUGGAGAUGGAUGAUGAGCCUCAAGAUCCACUUAUCCUAGGAAGACCAUUCUUAGCUACAACAGGAGCAAUCAUUGAUGUUGGGAAAGGGAUGAUUGAUCUCAAUCCGGGUAAGAACUUCAAGAUGAAGUUUGAUAUCAAGGACGUCUUGAGUACGCCAAUAGUUAAUGGACACACCUUCUCCACUGAAGAUGAGUCAACUAAGCAAAUACUCCAGCAAGGUGUCAAAGAAUCUAUGAAUCCCUCAUUGGAUGGUUGUUUAGAACUUCAAAUUAUCAAUGUUUUGAAAGAUUCGUUGACAAGGUUAACAGCUAUGGUCAAGGAAAUGGGUGGGCAAAUCAAGAAACUCAAAAGAAAAAUCAAUGGUCCCUGUUCUAGGAGACAGAGUGUGAGUGUAAAGAUGAGCAAGAGAUCUUGUGACAUUGACCCAGGAAAAAGAAGAGGAAUGAGAUCUCUGAGAAUAGAGGGUGCUUCAGCACCUCUCUAUGAGCCUCCUUAA